AAAUAUCACUAUAUUUUUGUUAAAGCAAAUCAAGUAGCCAGGUUCCCUUAAAAUACCAAGAACUUGUCUACAAUCUACAUAUACUUCAUAUCUUUCUCUCUCUUAUUUCUCUAAUCAUCCUUUCCAUUCCAACUUCUCACAAAAUUUCUCGUUCCCCUCUCAAAUAUAUCCCAGCAAAAGCAAUUUCAGCUACCAAAUUUUUUAUUUCACUCAUUUAAUUAAAAAAAAAAGCUUAAAAUGGUUGAUUUAAGCUUCUUUGUUGGAGUCAUAGGCAACAUAAUUUCAUUGCUCAUGUUUCUUUCUCCAACGUCAACGUUUAAGAGGAUAAUAGAGCACAAAUCUACAGAAGGAUUUGAGAGUGUACCAUACAUCUGCACGUUGUUAAGCUCAUCUUUAUGGACUUAUUAUGGUUUUAUUAAGCCUGAAUAUCUUGUUUCUACCAUCAAUGGAUUUGGGGUCUUUGUCCAAAUGAUUUUCGUCAUUUUGUUCCUUAUUUAUGCGCCACGCCCUAUGAAGGUAAAGACAUGGAUCUUGGUGGGCAUACUAAAUGUAGGAUUUUUUGGAGCAGCAAUAGUAGUACCCGAGCUCACAUUGAAGGCUCCUAACCAAGUUGACGCUUUGGGCUUGCUUUGUGCCGGUUUAAACGUCGUUAUGUAUGGCUCUCCUCUCACUGCCAUGAAAACAGUGGUAACAACAAAAAGCGUAGAGUUCAUGCCAUUUCUGCUAUCGUUUUUCAUGUUUUUGAAUGGAGCAACUUGGACGUUUUAUGCAGUGCUUCGUUGGGAUAUAUAUCUUAUGGUGCCAAAUGGGAUAGGAUGUUUUCUUGGAGCAGUACAAUUAGUCCUCUACGCUAUUUAUAGAAAUGCUAAGCCUUCCAAGAGUGAUCAUCUUUUGUCACAAAGUCUAUUAGAAGAAGGUUCACAACAAGCAAUUCUCAAUUCUUCCUCAAGCCAUCCAACCAAACAAAGAUAAAAAUUGGUGGAUUUUUUAAGCAAUUUAUGGCUUUUUUUUUUUCUUGAAAAAUACAUGUAUUCUUUUAUUUCCUCCUCAAAUACUUAUUUUCUUAGAGAUAAAGAAGCAUACAUUUUAUGUGAAUAUGGAAUUUGCACUAAAUGUAUUAUUGUAUAUGUUUAGGUUUAUUGAGACCCGAUGUAAGUUAUUAUUUUAUGAAUUAUCACUAUAUUAAUAUACAACUUAUGGGGUGAAUUACGAUGCCAUUAUACUGCACUUUGUAUAG